CUCCGUGAUACUCCCACGUGGUCGGAUAAUCCAGGAAGCGUCGGCAUAGAGUCUUCUGCUCGAGCUGAGGUCAGCCAUGAAGCUCAAAAGAGGAAACAAGUUUAAGACCCCAUUGAAAUUGAAGCGAAAAGGCAUCCAAGUAACGGGGCAAUGGAAACCGGUUGAGAUCGAUCCAAAUCUUUUUGCCGACGAGCAACUUGGAGGCUUGGUGUGUUUUGAAGAACUUAGAGAUUAUAAAUUGGUGGCUUCCUCUAAAGUAGGAGAAGAAACCAAAAAGAGAAAACUUGUUAGCAAGGAGGAGAACACAGAAAGCAUGGUUCCCAAAAAGAAGAGAAAGAAAGAGAAGAAUCUGGGAGAGGAGGCCUGGGGAAGCAACAAACUGAACACAGAGGAUCAGGUGACCAAGUGGGAAGACACCGUUGUUAGCCAAGUUGAGAGUGAUGCGGCAGUUGUGACGAGCCUAAAAAGAAAACAGAAAAAGAGAAAACAAAAGAAGAAAACGUGUCCUACUCAAGAGGUACCCACUGCAUCUUCUAAAAAGGCGAAAAACUGGACAGCAGAAGUUCUGUCUGCCUCGUCAGAUCCCCUAGUAGACAUGUCUGCGUGGAAAGGUCUCUUUGUUCCUGAGCCUGUUCUUCAGGCACUGGGCGAAUUAGGGUUCAGUGCUCCAACUCCUAUUCAGGCUCUGGCUCUGCCUUCUGCCAUUCGAGAUGGCAUGGAUGUCCUUGGUGCUGCGGAAACAGGAAGUGGAAAGACGCUCGCUUUUGCAAUUCCCAUGAUCCACUCCGUCCUGCAGUGGCAAGCCUCGAAUGAUUUGGCAGGGAGAAGUGACAGUAGCCUUGAAGAAGCAGCAGGUAGAGAGGAUGACGUGCCGAGCCGGGAAGUGACUGAGGAAGCAGAAGGCCUGAACCCUGUCGGGAGCGAAGCUAGCGGUGCCAUUGCUGAGGAUGACGAAUCUCCGGCAACAGGCUGCGUGAAGGUGUCGGAGGAUAUAGAAUCGGAUUUGGGUGCCAAGAAACAUGAUGAUGUACAGAAAAGCAGUCCUCUUCUGGGAUUGGUCCUAACUCCCACAAGGGAAUUGGCAGUCCAAGUCAAGCAUCAUAUUGAUGCAGUGGCCAAAUACACAGGUAUUAAGACAGCCCUUCUCGUUGGCGGGAUGGCUUCUCAGAAGCAGCAGCGAGUCUUGAAAAGGAAACCAGAGAUUGUUGUUGCGACCCCAGGGCGCCUGUGGGAGUUGAUUCAGGAGAGGCAUUCUCAUCUCUCAAGCCUCCGGCAGCUCAGGUGCUUGGUGAUAGAUGAAGCUGACCGGAUGGUUGAGAAAGGACAUUUCUUAGAACUCUCUCAGUUGCUGGAAAUGCUGAACGAUUCACACUAUAACCCCAAACGCCAGGCAUUUGUCUUUUCUGCCACCCUGACGCUGAUCCAUCAGACUCCCACUCGAGUUCUCCAGAAGAAAAAAGCAAUAAAAAUAGACAGAAAAAUCAAGCUGGAGAUGCUGAUGCAGAAAGUGGGCAUCAAGAGCAAGCCCAAAGUGAUUGACCUGACGAGAAAAGAGGCCACUGUGGAGACACUCACAGAGACCAGAAUCCACUGUGAUGUGGAAGAGAAAGACUAUUACCUCUAUUACUUUCUGCUGCAGUACCCAGGCAGGACCAUGGUUUUUGCAAACAGUAUAGACUGCAUCAAACGGCUAACCGCACUGUUGACCAUAUUGGACUGCAAUCCUUUGCCUCUUCAUGCUAAUAUGCACCAGAAACAACGACUGAAAAACCUGGAGAGGUUUGCAGAACGUGACCGCUGUGUCCUCCUCACGACUGAUGUUGCCGCUCGUGGUCUUGACAUUCCUAAUGUGCAGCACGUCCUUCAUUACCAGGUUCCUCGAACUUCUGAAGUCUACGUGCACAGGAGUGGCCGGACAGCCAGGGCUGCCAGUGAGGGCCUGAGCUUGCUGCUGAUUGGCCCUGGCGAUGUGAUGAAUUUUAAAAGGAUUUACAAGACACUGGAAAAGAGUGAAGAGCUUCCCUUUUUUCCAGUGGAAAUGAAAUACAUGACUGCUAUCAAGGAGCGGGUGAACUUGGCACGGCAGAUUGAGAAGGUGGAGUACUUCAGCAACCGAGCAAAGCAGCACAACUCUUGGCUGCAGCAAGCCGCAGAUGCCCUUGAGCUGGAUCUGGAGGAUGAGGCCCUCAUGGGAGGCCGGCCCAGUGAGCAAGAAGAGAGUCAGAAACAGAAGAUGCUGAAAGGGAUGAAGAAGCAUCUGAAGCACUUGCUGUCCCAGCCAGUAUUUAAAAAUCUGAUGAAGACCAGAUACCCAACCCAGUCUGGAAAACUGCUCUUGCCUGACCUUUCGGAGACGAGUUCCCAGUCUGCGCUGGGUGCCAUGUCAGAGGCACAAGGGAAGAAGACAAAGAAGGAGAAGAAGAAGAAGCAGCAAAGUGUGGACCUCUGAUAGGAGUGGUGCCAAGAUAAGGAACCCUUAUUCCUCCCUCUUGAGGCUGCUUCUGGCCCCCACAGUGCUCCGAUUCCCUUUAUAAACAUACCUGUCCUGCAGUGCUUGCCACCCCUACCACUGUUUCUGCUCCUGGGUACCCCUCUGAGUAGGUACAAAUACAGUUCUGCCUAUUUGGUUCUUCCUGGUUUGACGGUUUGGAUCCUUGCUGCUAUCAGUAGAGGAGGUUGCAGAAGUGGAUCUUUCCCACCUUUCUCCAGCAUCCCUCUCCCUGUGCUCCCCAUAAAAGCCAUUGCCAAGGGUCAGAGGAUCCUUCAAAACAAUGUGGCACAGGGGACUGUAGCAAGCAGGGGGGAUAAAGAGGGGAAUGGCUAAAGUUGCGCCUCCUCAUUCUCGUGAGCGCUUUUGCUCCGUUCCCGAGUCCGCUGUACUCUUUCAAAGGGGGGGGGAUCCAGUACCCCCUGCUUGCUGAAGCCUCUUAAGCUAGAUGGCAUGUUGUUUUCAAGGUUCGCCUGCCCUCCGGCAGCUGUUUUGCAGAGUGCAGGGGGAAAGCAGGAAAAGUUUCCAUUCUGCAAACUCCCUUCAUUUGCAGAAGGUUGGAUCCAGCCCAUUACACCCCUGUGGAUGUCCAGCCUCUGGUGAAUGCGAUUCUUGUAUGUCAUAUAAACACACCAUCCAGAAGGAAUAAGUGGGUGGAAAUCUUCACAUCUGUUCAGACUGACAGCCAAAACCAAGCCGGCACAGGUAUAGGUAAAGGGCGGUCUCAGAGGGAUAUCAUUUCUUUGAAGUGUGGAGCUUUGUGUCUCACUGCUGAAGAACAUCGAGAAGUCUUGUGUCAGUACAUGUUCUUUGUAUUGUUGGUUUAGAAUGCUUCUGUCAUUUUCUCCUUUGGGGAGAGGAAAUUAAAACAUGUCAAUGGGGAGAGAAAUUGUUCACUGAGUAAAGCUGAGGAUGUACUUUUAUCCUUUUUCUUGCUACACUGAAAUCUUUAUUAAAAUACUUUAAAUAUUUCAGUUUUGGAGUGGGGCUUACAUGAAUAUUUAUUAUCAGAAAAUGCUUGACAUUCCUCUGCAAAGGUGACAAACAUGAAAAAAGUUCAGGGAACUGUUGGAUGUAGUCCCUCAUGCAAUGUCUUGGUUUUCUUCCUCCUGACUUCUGUCAGCCACCAUUAACCUUUUGGUUCUAGAUUAUUCUCUGAUUUCUCAUUGCACUCAUAAUAAUGUAAAUUACAUUUUUUCUGCACCUGCCUAAUUUGCCUGCUACUAGCAAGAGCUGGAGAGGUAUUUUUAUUUAGUACAAUUGUAUCCUCUGCUUUCAAGGAGCUCAGGACAAUGUGAAUUGUUCUCCCUUCCUCCAUUUUAGUUUUCCAACAAUCUUGUGAAGCAGGCGAGGCUGAGGAAGAGUGGCUUGGAUCCAAAGUAGUGUUUCUGGAGGUCCUGGGAUUUCUGGCCUGCAUAGCACAACUUUCUCCCUUCCCACAGUGGUGCAAAAAUGACCACUUGAAAUCCAUUUCUUGGGGGGCACAGGACUCCCAGAAUCAGGCUGCUGGAGGGGUGGGCGGGAAAAUCACACUUUGUGGGUAGAAAUCCUCACCCCCCACGGAAAUGCUAGUCUGUAUCCAAGCUGAAAACUGGCUGGCUGAAGAUUGCCCAGUGAGCUCCAGGGCAGAGUGGGGAUUUGAACCUGGGGUCUCCCAGAUCCUAAUCUGACAUUGUAACCACUAUACCACACUGGCUGCCUCAUUUUGCUGUUCUGCAGCUGAUCUCUGUUUUCCAGUGACAGACCACCAAACAAGCCAGGACUAAGCCAAGAUAUCCACAUCUAGACAAAGAUUAACCACAGCUAUGACAAAUCAUACGGCAAAGGCUUCCUUGGGAAGUGGUGGGCUCUCCUUCUUUGGAGGUUUUCAGAGGCUAGAUGGCCAUCUGACAGUAGUGCUGAUUCUGUGUACUCAGGCAGCAGGAAGGAUCGCAUCAGUGCUUAGUUCUUGUGGACCUUUCUU